AUGUCAAAAUCCAAGCUGGAAUCUCUUGCAAAUGAGAUACUUAUCGAUCUUUUAGAGAAUUAUCUUAAUGGAGUCGAUAUAUUGAUUGCUUUUCGUAAUCAUUUAAAUUAUCGAUUCGAUACACUCAUAGAUGAAUGUCGACCAAUCCGUUUUGAUUUUGAAAGUAUUAGCAAAAGUAAUUUUCACCUUUGUCUAGACUAUAUAUCAGAUUAUGAAAGUAUUCAAAGUUUAAAUUUAUCCGAAUGUGAUGCACCAGGUCGAAUCAAUGCUUUUCUAUCGGUCUUUCCGACGUUUAAUCAAUUCAAACAACUUCGUCAAAUUUGUUUGAAUGUUGAUGGCGAUACUGUUGAACACGUGUCUAUGAAAAAGGCACUGCGAUCUUUAUUUGAAAGAAAUAUUCAUACAUUGUUAUUUAAAGGAAAGAACACAAAUAUGAUAUUUCACGGUAAUCAUUUGAUUCAAGGGAUGUUCACUUUACCUUCAAUUCGACAAAUUUUUUUCGAAAUUGAUAUGGAUGCAUACAGUUGGGAAUUUCUUCAAUUAAUUCCACUGAAUAUUGAACAUCUGACGAUUCAAAGUCCUGUUGUUCACAGUCGAUCAACCUCUCGUCAAAGUAUCGUAGACAAACCAUCCGAUAUUCAACCAUUAACAAAACUUAAAAUAUUAAUUUUAACCUUUCAUGACAAUUACGAUUUAAUUACACUUGAUAUGCUCGUCUUUUAUUUCCAUCUAAUGCCUCACUUACGUCAUCUAGAAAUAACCGAUAUACAUGCUCAAUUUCUUGAUGCGUAUACUUGGCAAAUGUGCAUUCAAGCAGAACUAUUAUUUUUAAAUUGGUUUUCUCUGACGACAAGUAAAUGUUAUUUAGAGAAACGUUAUCCUAGUCACAUUCUAUCGUUAUUUCAAACGCCAUUUUGGAUCGAAAGGAAAAAUUUUAAUGUCUAUAUAGUGGUAUAUAAAGAUCUUGAUGAGAACAGAAUCAUGCUUAACUCGACAUAUAAUUGCUGUUUAACGAUUAUACCUCAACGUUGUGAAAAAGAUAGUCGUAUUCUUUUGAAGAAGAUAAUCAGUUUAGAUCUUGACGGUGAAUCUGAAUUGCUCUCAGCACAAUACUUCUUCACUAAUAUAAAACGCCUUACAGUGAGUAAUCUUAAUUCGUCCUUAUUUCAAUGGAUCACCACUCACAUUGAUCUCUUACGUCUAACCGAAUUACGAAUCCCGCAUUUGCAAACAAUGACUGAUGAAAUCAACUCGCUACUAACAUAUGCUAAAAAUGUAUCUUCACUUAUGAUUCAUUUUCGCCAAGUAUUUAAUAAACAUUCUGCUAUAAAAAACGUAUACACCGCUGUUAAACGACUGGAUAUGUCUUUUGCUGUGCAUUCAUUUCAAGAAAAACAUAUCGUUUUUCUUACCAAAUUCUUUCCAUCUAUUGAACAUUUAAAAAUCAACACAAUGGAGCUGAAUAAUUUACCAUUAUUGCAAACGUAUUUACCAAAGCUGCAUAGUUUUACUUUUAGAUUUUCCGGUAUUUAUUCAGACGAAUUUGUCCGACGAUGGAACUAUCGAUUGGGCAUUCUGUUCCCAGGACCAUUUCCGUUCGAGCAUCAAUGGACCACACUCUGGGUUGAUCACGCUACUUUCCAAGAACGUUGGUGGUCUUCUUCAUCGCCGAUCCUAAGCAUGCAGCGAACCCGAACGUCUGCUCGGAGUUCAGAACGAACUGCUCGGAGUUCGGAACCAACUGCUCGGGUUCGGUUUCGGGUUCGGGUUCGGGAUUGGGUUCGAGAUCGGUGGCAGGCUUCGGUUUUGAAGUUCCGGUACAAUAGAGGUCCGCGUUCGUACCAUGGAAAGUUAGAUUGUUUAUAG